AUGUUCACUCUCCAUCAGUCGCUGGGCGCUCUUGCAGCCAUCGCCGCUGCUCCUCUUGCAUCUGCCGUCCCUGUCACAACUUUCUCUCGCAUUGGCGUCUCUUCCAAUGGCAUGGAUAUCUUGAAUCUCCAGAUCAACGCAGCAAUGUCUCCUGGACACUUGACAGAAAACACGACUAUGAGCUUCGUAGUAGACACCCACAGCUCAAAGGUUACCUGCACCGGCUCAUGGGCACCCGAAGGACCUUACCCUGAGGGCGGAUACAUCGCCUGUGCAAACAGCACUGUAGGCUGGAACUUCAAGGAGAGUACCUACAAGGGCAUGAACGACUUUGUCCUGCAAAUGGAGUACACCUACACUGAUGACUCGCUGCGACUGAUUUUCUAUCCCAAAAGUGUCGGCCCUUACCCAUACAACAAAGUCACAGAAUUUAGCCACGCAAACAUCACAAGCGCCAACGUUGCCUGUUCUUCGCAAACACAGAGCUGCCAGGAGCCCAAGAACAGCACAAUCACCGCCAUUGUGUAUGCUUCCAUCGCUUAA